CAUUUUUAUUUUGAUUAGAUGAUAUAACUGUUGUUGGAUAUGAUGACUAUAAAUUUUUAAGCCUAAGCCAAUCUGUGGUGCUUUUGUCACUUUGUUUAAUUUUGCCCUCUUAUCCUUUCUUUUGUUUUUACAUUUCCGUUUAGAUUUCACUUAUGCUACUGUGUUUUUAUGUAAAAUAGUGCUUAACGCCAUAUUUAUUUUCUCUAAUUGAGAAUAAAAAACAACAAAGGCCUAAUCCAGCUCUUCCUUCACCAUGGAGGCAACAUUAAGAGCUUUCUUGAAUAUUUUCCCCGAGAAAAUGAAAAAACGGACUAUAUGGUACCUAUUCGAUCGUUAUCUUGGACAUUUUCUUCGGGAAAAAUUAACACUCGACCAAUUAUCCAUCGAUCUGAUUGGUGGUAAAGGAUGCAGUAACGAACUGCACCUAGAUGUGGACUCUCUCAAUGAAGAACUAUCGUUUUUACCAGUCAAAUUUGUAGAUGGUUGUUUCAUUGACGAAAUAUCUGUCUAUAUUCCAUGGUCUUCUCUGCUGACUGAGUCUUGUUCACUUCAAAUCAAGGGUGCCAGAUUUAUCUGUCAGCUUGCUGAACAGCCUGAAACCAAAAGUAUAAUAACAUCAGACUACUUGAGUCGAUCUAUCAUGAGUAGUUCAUUACAACUUGCUGAGGAAAUUGUGCAUGAAAACCAAGAAGAAAAAUUCGAAGGAUUGGAAAUUUUCGCUCACCUUAUAGACUCAGUUUUACGUCGCGUUGAACUGGUCGUAUUGAACACUUCAUUUAUUUUGCGUAGUAAACGCAAACAACUGAGAAACCCAGCAUCCGAGGAAGAUGAAUACUGUUAUUUAGAAAUUAAAGUCAGAACAUUGAAGUGCGAAGAAAAUGGAACUGAGGAAGAUAAAGAUGCAGAAAAGGAUGAUGUUAAAAAUGCUCCCAAAAUCAUAACCAAGAAGUUGACCAUCGAAGAUAUUGAAAUUUUUCUCGAUGGUGAUAAAAUCUGUACGUUAGCAGACAGGCAUGUGAUGGAAGUUAACGUUCGCGAUUCCCGAUGUGAUAUUCAAGUUUAUCUUGCCUCAAUAUUAACUGCUGUUCUCGAAAAGAAACAUAUAUCUGAGCUUAUCAACAUGGCAAGUAAUAGAGAAAGCAGUUCAAACGAUAUUUUCAAAAAAGGUGACAAGGUCAUGUCACCUAUUGACUAUGCAAGAAUCGAGCACCAACUCAAAUUUGAUUCUACCAAGGGAAAGCCUGCCCCAUCCAGACAUAACUUGAAUGCUACCCUUUUGAAUACUGAAGAAGCUUCUAAUGCAUGGACAAGUUCAGGUGAUGCCAAUAAAUCUUGUGAUAACAGUUUUUUGCCCAUUGAUUAUUCUAAUCACUCCAGAAAUGGACCGAAAAACACAACUGAAAAAAAAGAACCGCAAAAAAGUGAAGUGAAGUCUUUCAACUGUGCAAUAAAGCUUCCUGGCUUAGCACUUUGCUUAGUUGAUUCCAGUUACUCAGGAAAUGCUACACAGAUAGACGCAAAAGCAAAAAGUUUAGUUGAAGUGAAUGCUGCCUUGGAUGAACUUAUAACUUGUGAUCAUCUCAGAUUCACCACUGUACCUAUCCAAAUUGAGAUAGGAUCUUCUGGCUGUAAAAUAGUUUCAGGAGAUAUCUGGGUUGCUGAGAAAAACCAAAGAGGAUUGUGUCCUUAUAUUUGGACAGAAUCAAAGAUCGAGAUUGAAAAUGAUCAACCGCAACCACAAUUACCAAGGCCAAAAUCUCCGAAAGUUGAAAAAAUUAGCUUUCAAUGUUUAAUAGAUAGUGAAAAAUUGGAACUCAGAUCAAGAAAUGUAACAAAUUGUAUAGUUGAUCCUACACUAUUGGAACGAAUAGAUAAGUAUUUUCCACAGGUUUCAGAUGGCUCUGGUACAUCAUCGGAUUUCAUCAUUUCAGUCAUGUGUCCAGAAAUCAGAGGAAAAUUAUUAAUACCCAUUGCUGAUUUGAGGAAAGAGGAAAAAUCUGUCCCCUCUGAGUUAAGACCUUUCUGGCUUGAAUUCGAAGGAUCUGAUUUUAAAUUCACAACAAACAUGUCAUGCUAUGAUAUGGCUAUGCACCAAUUCAUUCUCGGUUUAGCGGAUCCUCACGGAUCCAAGGAAAUUGGUAGAAUGACCACUGAAGGAUCAACACCUAUUCGAUUGAGUAUAAAACGCGGUGCUGAUACUUCAUCCAUAAUUGAAUCUGAAAUGAUUCAAACUGUGUUGGAAACAGCUACCAUGACAGAAUCUAUUUUUAUAUGCACCACUGCUAACACCAAACUCAAUGCCCCCUUCCAAACUAGAACUCCAAUCGUCCAACAUAAACAAGAAGAAGACGCUAAAACCUUGCUCCCUAACAACCUCACUAACUCUCAAUCCUACUUCGAAACUUGCAAAUCUUUUACCCAAUUGCAGGUUGAUCUAAGCGCCGAUAAUGUCGACAUUUUCGUUGAAACCAAAGAGCAGAUAGACUUACUUUACAAUGCUCUUGGAAAUGAUCUUGUUUUAUGGACCCCAAAUCGCGAUCCAAAUAGAUGUCGAAAAGAGCGUCCAGUUGGUUGUAAGUAUCAGAGCUACUUUUCAUGCAAAUCAGGGAUGACUGAUUCAAUUGAUUCUGAAUCGUCCUUUCAUUCAGUCGAAGGAUCAUCUGCCAAUCAAAGCUUUCAUAAUUUGGUUACAUGUUUACUUCGGUGUGAUAAUCUCAAUGUUGCUAUUGGUGACCAUGCAAUCAUCAGCCAAAACGUCUUUAUCGGUUUGUCCUUCGGAUUACAAGAUGAUACCUCGAAUAUUGUUUCUAUCCAUGGGUCUGGAGUUUCCUGGUCCUUCAAUAGCGAUACAGUCAUCUCAAGCAACCAUUUCUGUAAUAAAUCAAGUUCACUUGACCUUACUUUUGAAAUCAAUACAAAGGAUUUGCCCGUUUCCAAAAAGAUCAAAGUUGCCAUACAGUUAUCUGAAGCGAUCCUCUUCAAGACAUCACCAGAUAUAUUCAUUGAUUUCUGGAACUAUGUUAACGUUACCAAUGAACCAGUUCUUGGUUAUACUCCUCCAAAGAUUCUAACUGAGCUACACGUAAGUGUAACAAACGGAGCCAUUUCUUAUGGAAGUGAUAACUUUCCACCUCCGCCUCGGCCUGUUCUUGUUACGUUUGAUGGCAUCUGUGUAACAGCUAUGGUAGUCGAAGAUACUAGUGACACAUUAAUGCGAUUUAUAAUUGAAGAAGCCGCCUUCUAUUUCAAAAAGAAUAGUUUAUCUUCAAAGUGCCUCAGAAAUUAUGUUUGUGUAAUUGAUUCUGGUCUAAUCGACAUGCAUUUGAAAUUAAGUGAAAACGACAAAAUUGAGUUCAGAGCUGUGAACAAUAUUAUUAAUGUCCGAGCUUGUAAUGAUUCACUCGCAGCUUUGUGUCGAUUAAUCAUUAAUCUCAUCAAUCAAAACAGUGAUUCAAGGAGUGAUGACGAUUUGCCAAGUUAUGCUAAAGCUGUUGGCUCAUCAAUGCGAAAAGGCUCCAAUGCCGAACUAUUAAAAGAAGUUUUAAGUGAGCUUGGUAACGAUCCGAUGGCUCUUAAUCAACAGAAGCCUCCAGAAUAUAAAGAAGCAGAAGAACGUAAGAAAGAUGGAGAAAGCACUAAAAAGAAGGAAGGAGGCAAGAAAAAAGAUGGAGGAAGGAAGAAGAGGGAAGAAGAGAAAAAGAAGGAUGAUGCACGAAAAAAGGAUGCAGACAAGAAAAAAGAGAAAAAAGUGAAAGAAGAAGAUAAACUCGAGAAGCUUGAAAGAUACCAAGACAGAAUCACGGCUACUGUUGAUUAUGAUGGACCAAGUACAAGUUCAGCAACAGGUCUUAAAAAAGGAGAAAUGACUGAUUCUGGUUUUUGGUUACUGGGCGAUGAUGACAUUGGAGCAGGAAUCAAAGCUACUGAUGAACCUAUUGUUCGAGUAUUGACUAAAGAAACUAUCAUCAUGCUUGACAACACGCUAAGUGUUGGUACAAAGAAAACUGCAUCUGAAGAGAAAAAAUUUAUUGUUGCUCGAUAUUGUCUAGAAGAGAUGAGCUUAUUAAUAAGCAUCUAUGGUGGUCGAGAUUUUGAAGAUAACCAUGGAGGUGAAGAUGAUUCGGAUGCAGAAGAAGAUGAGAAGAAAGUUGGAUUGGAUUCAGAUUAUCGGAUUAAACGUGAGACUAAGGUUCACUUUGCUAAUGAUGAGUCUAAUGCAUUACAUCUUUGGGAGAGUAUCAAUUUGGAAGAAGGCUCUGAUAUUGGCCAACCAACUUGUUCUAGACCUACAAUUGGUAACCAUAGUAGCAAAUCAAUGGGAGGAAGAUUACGAAAAAGUAAUAUCUGUGUUCAACUUCAUCUGUACAAAAUUAAGUCAACCUUUGACAAAUUUAAUGACUCUUGUCCGACUUCAUGGAAAUUCUCAUUUGAUGUUAAAAACAUAGAAAUUCGUGAUCGUCUAAAUGUCUCUAAUAUCAAUAAGAUGUUAUAUGAAUACAUUUCAGAAAAUAUACCAAGAAGAAGCAAUUCAAGCAUGAUUAGCAUUCGCGCUAAAACAUUUCGAAAUCCAGUCGAUUCUCAUGAAGAAUGUGAUUUGAGAAUAAGUCUUAAACCACUUCGAGUCAACAUUGAUCAAGAUACAAUCAUGUUCCUUGUUGAAUACUUUACAACUCUCAAGAUUUUACUGGACCUUUACGAAAAAAGCACUUCUUUCUCAUCUAGUGGAUCAAACUCUCCGUCUCCUGUUGCCCCUUCUCCAGAAAGAGACUUUAAUCUUUGUUUAAAUGUGUACAAUACAGUGGAUGAAGCUGAAUCUCCAAUCUCUCCAGUCUCACCUGACGAUGCAAACAGCUCUAAGCCUUCAUCUCUUUUCGUCAAAUCUUUUGAAUUUACUCCUGCUGUGCCAAUUCGCCUCGAUUAUCAUGGUAAACGAAUUGAUUUCGAACAGGGAACGAUACCUGGUCUUCUCAUGGGUCUUGCUCAUCUUAAUCAAAGCGAACUAUAUCUUAAGCGACUUCACCAGAAACGAGGUAUUCUUGGUGUAGAUCGAGUCAUUCAAUAUGCAUUAAUGGAAUGGUUUGAUGAUAUAAAGAAAAAGCAAAUUCCUUCAAUUAUCGGAUCAAUCGGACCAAUGAACAGCGUUAGACAAUUAGUUCAAGGAGUCAUAGAUUUAUUCUGGAUUCCUGUUGAUCAAUAUCGUCGUGACAGAAGAAUUGUUCGUGGAAUUCAAAGAGGAGCUUCAUCUUUUUCAUCGUCAACAGCUACAGCUGUGCUAGAUCUUGCCAAUAGACUUGUACAUGUAAUUCAAGGAACUGCUCAAUUCGCUCACGAUGUUGUUUUAUCACCAAAUCGAUCUCCGCAACAUAAUACUCGAGGAUCAGUACCUAAAUCCCAGCCUCGAGAUUUACGAGAAGGAGUUGCCUCUGCUUAUACUGUUAUGAAAGAGGGUUUGAAUGAAACCUACCGAAAUGUGGCAACUGCGGGUGCUCAAGCUGAUGGUGUUACAGAGACUGUUGGUGCUUUGAUAGGAACGCUUCCAUCAAACAUUCUACAGCCAAUAAUUAAAGCAACUGAAGCAACUUCCAAUGUAAUUGUCGGAAUGAGAAACCAAUUAACUCCUGAAGCGCGCAAAGAUGACCAGUAUAAAUGGAAACGUAGAUGAGAGUUAUGCAUUAUAAUCAAAAUUACCAUUUGGUAAAAGCAACUCAAAUCUCCUGUGAUUAGUUCCGAGCAUUAUUGUAAUCUAAAAAGCAUAUUUUUGGAAAAGGUUGUCAAACUAGUUCCAUAUUCACUUCUUUUUGAUUUUAAAACGAAAUGUUUUAAUUUCAACUUAAUGAUAAAAAAAUGCCCAAAAAAAUGAUAAAUCUUGGUGUAAAAUCUGUAAAAAAAGUGUGAUUAACACAAAAUAUAACCCUUCCGUAGAAUCAUUGAGACUUGGAAACUCACAACUACAAUAUUUACGCAAUUGAUAGUAAUCUAUUCCCUUUUUAUCAACAAAAGCUCUUAAUUAUUGAUUCAUCAGUUUAAUGUUCAUUUAAAUCAAAAAAUGCGUACAACUUUGCAUCACUUUUGUAUUUUAAUAAUAAUAAACGCCACAAAAAACAAAUA